AGCAACACUUGGACGCCAUGAGAACGUCAAAGAGAAGAUUGUAGAUUAUUUAUCUAAGAAACUAUCUUCUACAAAAACCCAAGAGGAGACAUCUCUCUUUAUUCAUGCCCUUGGUAACACAGGCUCUAGAAGGAUCAUUCCACUCCUCCUUCCUUUCCUCUCUGAUCCUGUCAAUGAAGGAUACUGUGUUGAUGCACUGAGAGCUGUCUCAAUGGACCAAAGAGUAGAGAAAGGAUUUGCUGCUAUUAUUUCUGAAGUUGAUCCUAAACUGGUUCUUGAAGUAGUUGAGAGCUUAUUGUUCCCUUUCAAAAACUCAAUUUAUUCCUCAAAAAUAGAGGAGGACCUUUUAGUGAGUGAAGAAUUGAAGGGGUCACUCAUUGAAGCUGGUAUUGAAUAUAAUGAUCAAGAUCUGACAAAAGCUCUACUCCAGUACUUCAAUACUAUUGAAGAUGAAGCCUCUAGUGAAAAGUUAAGACAAGGAAUAGAAGAUAAAGAAUCAGCUAGUCGACGAAAAAGAAGCACCAGUGCCUAUUGGCCCUCCACAUGGGAUAAAAAGUUCAACCUCAUUGCAUCAUUAUCUCAAAGAUCUAGUGAUGCCCGUACAUAUCCAUACAACAAAGCUUACAUGUGGACAAAGCAGGUUGGAUAUUCCAAGAUACAUGCUAACGUUGCUGCAGGUGGCUUUGGAGGAGCGGGUGAGUCUGGUAUCAAACUGUACGCAAGAGCAAGAGUUGAUCUAGUGGCCUGGUCUAAGACUUACAUUGCCCUUGAUAUUAUAUUCUCAUACGUAAAAACUUUUCCAAGUAAAUCACGAAGCUCUGCUCUAACUUACAGGCGCUAUAUAAAGAUAGUUGAAUAUACACUAGUUAAUGAACUAAGGACAAGAACGUCUACUUAUGCUAGUAAUAGUGUGUACAAGUACUCUCAAUCCUGGUAUAGAUCUUACCAAAUUUUCAAAUCCAGUUUCUCUUUCUAUAUUUAUGUUGGUACACUGCGUUUAACACUGUCUAGUCGUAUUGCUCUGCAUACGUCAUUCAAGGCUUACGUACCACGUAUGGACAAUAUUCAAGACAUGAAAGCAGCAGCAGAACUAAGAACUGGACCCACUCUCACUAUUAGUGGACAAGCAGCUGCUAGAAUAUUGGAAGUAUUUGAAAUUGGUCUAACUGCCUCAGGGUCUAUCAGCUAUCACUUAACUCCAGAGGCUUCAACCUCAGUCUGUGGGAGAGCAUCAUCAAAAGGAGAUGCUAAUGCUUGCUUUGAAGUAUACAGCACUACAAGUGGAAAUAUUUCUGUUGCGGCUUAUUGGAAAAGGAGACAUCUGAAGUGUAAAUGGCGCUGGGGAGUUCCUCGUUGCACUGCAAGGUGGGGUAGCAAGAAAAAAUUUGCAUCACUUUCUCACACGUGGAACCUACACAACACAAGGAAGAAGCUGAAUGGUGAAUGUAAGGUCUAUUGGAACUCCAAUAUUAAUAGGAUCUGCAAGGAGAUUACCAACCGAGGCUGAAAUGAACAAUGACAUUAACAAUUAGAGCUAGGUAGAUAGAUAGUUUUAGAAUAUUAUAUAGGAUUAAUUGUAUCUUUUGUGCAUGAUUUCAUGUAGUUUAGUGUAUAGUCAUUGUUUUAGUAAUAAAAUUAGUGUAGUACCUUAAUUAAGAGGUACUUUUAGAUUAUUAA